UUUUCAUGUCCAUAAUUUCAUUCAGUAAUAGUCGACUAUAAUGUUGUUUCUGGUGUGAAUAUUUAUCUGCUCUCUCUUGAGUAUCAUUAAGUUCUGUGUCGGUGUUCACAACAAAUGUUACAAUUUUUAUUUAAUUCAUCGCUCAUGAAGGAUUGAUAACAGUGAUAGUGCUAAAAGAUCUUACUGUAACUGUGUAAAAGGACAUUUUAAGAGAAAUUUGAAACAAUUUGAAUAAUAUUUAAGUUUUAAAAGUAAAAAUUUAAAAUUUUCAUAGUGGAAAACUCAGAAAAAUUCAAAAUGACUAAAUUUUCAGAUGCACUUCUUGCUGAUUUACAAAACACCGUCGUACCAAGUGGAAAUGCUAACUCAUUUAAAAACGUUGACAAUAAUACUUCCGGCUACGGAUGCUUGAAAGGCGUCAAGAAAAAAGAAGUAUUGUACAACAAUGGUGACAAUCAUUCUCACUCUUCUGUUCAACAGAAAGUCGUUUAUAGCAAUACCAUGCAAUCACCAGCAAGUGGAAAUCUAAAUGAAUUAGAUUCGCUUCUUAAUGACCUGAGUAAUGCACGGUAUGGUAGUGGAUUUGAAAAGAAAUAUCAACAAAAUAGUGUCAAGGAUUCGGGAAUAUCACAAGAGAUUAUCGAUCAAAUUCAACGACCAUCUGUUGAUACUUUAUUGGAAGAGCUCAAUGUUCGAUCUUCUAGUCCAGUAUAUGCUGUUCCUCAUGAUGAAAAGCCAAACUCUGGACGGCAGGUUACUAUAACUGUCAAGCAAACAACAACAGAACGUGUUGAAGGAAAUCCUAGUCAAAUAAAUGGACAAAAUUCGUAUAGCACAUCAGCAUCAGCAUUAGGUCACAAUGCAUCAUCUGCAACGAAGGAACUCGAUGACCUGAUGGCAUCUCUGUCGGAUUUUAAGAUCAAUCCAAGCCAUCAACAAACAUCUGUUACAGACUACGCAAAACCUACAAAAGGUAUAUCACAUUAUCAAGUUGGUGAGGAAACAGUCGUUGAAACAACACACGGCAGAGAGCCACGUCGUGACCAGUUAGAACUAAUGCUUGGAAAUUUACAAGCGGAUAUGUCGCGUCAAGGAGUUAAUACACAACAAAAAGGAUGUUGUUCUGGUUGUGAAAAACCAAUUGUUGGACAAGUUAUUACUGCACUUGGAAAACAAUGGCAUCCGGAACAUUUUACGUGCAACCACUGUAAUCAAGAGCUCGGAACUAGAAAUUUCUUUGAGCGUGAUGGAAACCCUUACUGCGAAGCAGAUUACCAUAAUCUUUUUAGCCCACGAUGUAGCUAUUGUAAUGGGCCAAUACUUGAUAAAUGCGUUACAGCUCUUGAUAAGACUUGGCACACUGAACAUUUCUUUUGCGCACAAUGCGGUCAACAAUUUGGAGAUGAAGGUUUUCAUGAGCGCGAUGGAAAACCUUAUUGUCGUAAAGAUUAUUUCGAUAUGUUUGCACCACGCUGUGCAGGAUGUAAUCAGGCGAUCAUGGAGAAUUACAUAUCUGCUCUUAACAGUCAAUUUCAUCCUGAUUGCUUUGUUUGUAGAGAUUGCCGACAGCCAUUUUAUGGUGGUUCAUUCUUCGACCACGAAGGAAUGCCAUAUUGUGAAACUCAUUAUCAUGCAAAACGUGGCUCAUUGUGUGCUGGAUGUUCCAAACCAAUUACUGGUCGCUGUAUAACAGCAAUGUUCCGCAAAUUUCAUCCUGAACAUUUUGUUUGUGCGUUCUGUUUGAAGCAAUUAAAUAAAGGUACAUUUAAGGAACAAAAUGAUAAACCCUUCUGUGCUCCAUGCUUUGAAAAGCUCUUUGGAUAAAUGGUUGAUUUUUUUAAUAAAUAUUUUUUCUAUCAUUAUUUUUUCUUUCGUUUUAUAUUUGGUUAAAUUAUAAUUUAUUUGUUGAUAUUUUUAACAUAUCAAUCAAUUGAUCGAAGAAAAUGUUAAUCUUCUCAAUCAAACUUUGUUUCUAUAUUAAGAUACAUAUCUUAAUCUACCAAUAUAUAAUUAUCUUAUCCAUUAAUAAAUAUAUUUAAAUUACAUUGAGCAAUGAAAUGAUUAUCGCAGAAUAAAACCCAGGAAAGUUUUUUUUCUUUAUAUCUUUAUUAUGGUUUAAAAAACAAAAUAAUCAGCUUCAAAAGUAUUAAAAUAAAUGUGCAAAAUUUUAUUGACGUUGGGAUGUGCUUAUUUGAUGAAGAAAAUGUGAACGUUAAAGAAAUGCAGUGCCAAUAAACUUAAUUAUAAUGUUAAUUUUUUUUCUACACAAAAUUGCAGUUGCAUAAUCACUCAAAUAUCCAAGGAGUUUGAUAAUAAAAAAGAUUAUUUUGUAGUUCCUGACACGAUUGAAUAGUUUCUUGCAAAAUUAUGAAGCCAAAAUUUUAACGAAAAAAAAAAACAAAAAUUAAAUAUGAAAAUUUUAUUUCUUAAUAAAAAUAUAAAUUUCACGUAAAAAUUUCACGCUCAAAUGAAGUGUAAAGUAAACAUCUCCACGUUUAUAAUCUUGUAUAUGACCUCUAAAUAUUUAUUCAUUGAAAAAAUGAUUUUCAUUCUCAUUGGAGCUCAAAACAAUUUUCUGUGCAACUACUAAGGAGCAAAUAUAUAAACAAAAGCAUUAAUUGAUUUAAAGAUACAUUGAUUUUAUAAAUUUUGUUAUUUUUCAUUAAAAAUUUUAUUAUGAUUACUAAAUAUUACUAUAAACUACUAGAUGAAACAAAUGUAAAACUAAUAAAGCUUCCAUGCAAUUUUAUACUAAA